AUGACUACCACUCAGCUCCAGCAGGAGACUAGGGCCCUGGUCGCAAGCACUACUCAAUUCCAACAGAACACCAAAGCAGGCAUGAAAGACAUGAAGACUCGAAUGAGUCAAAUGGCAACUGCCAUUAAUCGUCUGGAGUCUCACGCUUAUGAAAAAUUGCCAUCGCAACCUGAGACAAACCCCAAGAAUGUAAGUAGCAUGACAUUAAGGAGUGGCAAAAAGGUGGAGGGGCCUAAAGCCACGAACCUGAAAAGUAAGAGUGAAGAUGACAUCGAGAAGGAGAUGGAAGAAGAAGGACGCAUCCCUAGCAACCCUGAGGUAACUCUUACUCCAUCUGUACCCAUUAAAUCUAAUUUACCCCCUUUUUCAUGCAGGUUGGAGAAGACGAAGAAGGCGGAGAAGGAGAAAGAGAUCCUGAACGUAUUCAGAAAGGUGGAGAUCAACAUCCCUUUGUUGGAGGCGAUUAAGUGGGUGCCCAAGUACGCGAAAUUCCUCAAGGACCUGUGCACCCAUAAGAGGAAGUUGAGAGGGGAUGAAAGAGUAGUAGUGGGAGAAAAUGUAUUAGCCAUACUCCAAAGAAAACUCCCACCCAAAUGUGGGGAUCCAGGUAUGUUCACUAUCCCUUGUAAGAUUGAAAAUACGUCGAUCAGGAAGACCAUGUUGGAUUUAGGGGCGUCAAUCAAUGUGAUGCUAAAAAUCAUUUAUACGUCCCUAAAUCUUGGGCUCUUAAAAGAAACAGCUAUCAUAAUCCAACUAACCGACCGCACCAAUUCCUAUCCAGAGGGGCUAGUUGAGGAUGUCUUGGUUCAAGUAAGUGAAUUAGUUUUCCCUGCAGAUUUCUAUAUCCUGGAUAUGGGAGAUAAGAGGUCGUUAAAUCCGUCACCUAUCUUGUUAGGUAGAUCGUUUCUUAGCACUGUCAGGACUAAAAUAGAUGUGAAUGAUGGUACUUUAUCAAUGAAGUUCGAUGGUGAAACUAUGAAUUUUAAUAUUUUUGAGGUGAUGAAUUAUCCAGAGGAAUCUAACUCAGUUUUUGCUUUGAGUGUUAUUGAGCCUCUUGUACAGGAAACUUUCGAACUGGAUGGCGAAGACGCACUAGAGGUGGCGUUGGCCAAGCAUCUCGAGUUGGGUGCAACCCCUAAUGCGGACAUGAGGGUUGAGUUACACCAUGCAGUUGGAACCCUGCACUCAAUUUCAACUGUUUCUCCGAAGUAUGAGCUUACUUCCCUCUUUGUGCCAGAAAUUCAGAAAAAGUUGCUUCCUUCAGUUGUGCAGGCACCGGAGUUGGAGUUUAAGCCUCUCCCGAAGCAUCUAAAGUACGCAUUCCUAGGAGACCGGGAGACACUUCCGGUAAUCAUCUCUGCACAUUUGUCUCCAAGUCAGGAGGACAAACUGGUGCGAAUCCUUAGGGAGCAUAAGGAGGCAAUUGGGUGA